UCAUGAGCUCGGUCAGUGUUAUGGUCUGGACGUCCUGCCCCGUCUUCGUGCUAUUGGUGCACUCGACACAUACCCGUGUGUGAUUGGAUGAAAAGUCUCGCCGUCAUCUUGGUUACCAUAUAAACCAGGAACUAUCGGUGGAAAGAAGUGGUGUGUUGGCAUUUUCGAGAAAUUUAGAUCGAAGUGCAGAAAAACCCGUUACGUUUGUCGUCGUGCGGGUCCACAUUGAGCAGUCAGGCGUUUCGUAAUGCAGAAACACCUCUACUAAGCGACAUAUUCUCUCGACAACCAACAACAGUGCUGAGGAGGGAAAAUGGGGAAGAAGGAUGCCAGUGGGACCAGAUUACCAGUUGAUCAGUACCGGAAACAGAUUGGUAAGCAGGACCACAAAAAGACAAAGUUGGUCUUAAAGGCCACAAGGCUGAAAGCUGAAGCAAAGAAGAAUUCCUCUGGAUUCAGGGAUGCGUUCCUUGUCAUUGUGGCAAUCCUAUUCUUUGUGCUCUGCGUCUACGCCUUCUUCUACCUCAACCUGAGCACUGAGAUUAACCUGGAUGUGGAUUAGUAGGAGGUGGACCGUGUUCUGUCAACUUUCCUGAUUACGGUCACAAGACAGUGUACAAAGUGUUUUCAGUUCGGGACAGGUGGACACAGUCUGUCAGUCUUUUUUUAUACACUUUGUUGUUGACAUAUUGAUGAUGAACUGCCUCUUAAGAGAAAUGUUGCAAUGCAUUAAACAGUUAACGUUUCAGGCCAUUUUUGAGAUUUGA